UGGGCAUUUCAAAAAGUCAAGUGCAGUUGGUAGUGCUGGAAUGAGAGAUUUUCAUUUUCUCUGCUGUGAAUUGUAUUUUUGCAUUUCGGUGAGUUAAUUUCCUACAAUUUUCUCCCAUUUAUUGCCCCAAAGUGCCCCCAAGUAAUUCACAGGGAGCUCAGGCUCACGUGAGUGCCACGCGUGCGAUGGUACAACAAGAGGCAGGAGGAGUUUUUCGAGCGUGAAAGAAAGAAAUGGUAAGCGCAGAGGACGACACAUCCACCAAAUGUAUUGUAAAGACGCUCCCAUCGCAGAAUAAGUACACAUUUCUUGUGAGGCCCAAUUACCUCGUUAAGGACUUUCUAGCGGACGUUGCUAGAAAUUCUGAGGUAUCGGACUUCAAUCUCUUCCUCCAGACAACGUCAAAUGUCAUGGAAUAUAUUGUCUUAAAUGAACAUACGGAUAAAACACUUCUGGAGGUUGGGAUAAAUUUUGAUUGUGGAAGUCAAAAUAAUUUACUGCUGAAGCCCGUGACGGAAUCCAAGAAGAGCUCAGAAGUGACAGAGGAAAUUAAUUACACAAAGGCUGAACCGUUGGAUACGGACACAAGUGAAAAAUCUUCUAAUAAUCUACGCUUGGACUUAUAUUUUGAACUUCAGUCCGUAAACCAUACUCCAAUGGCAGACUCAAUUUCGGACGACGAUCUAGCUCUGGGUGCUUCAGCCAGUCCCACAGAGAUUGUCGCUGCUGAUACUACUGAUCAAACUGCUGCCAUACUGGAUGCCGCCUACAGUAGUGCUGGUACGAGCAGACGAAGGGCCUAUGAUGAAGUGAAAUUUGAGCCGUAUGAGGAAAAACGAAAGGGUUCGGCUUUUGUUGGGCUCGUGAAUCAAGCAAUGACUUGCUAUCUCAACAGUCUCCUUCAGGCACUCUUUAUGACGCCAGAAUUCAGAAAUGCUCUCUACAAAUGGGAGUUUGAUGGUGUUGGCGAGAGCAAGUCCAUCCCUUAUCAAUUGCAGAAACUCUUCCUAAAACUUCAGACUUCCGAGAAGCCCUCAAUUGAGACAACAGACUUAACACGCAGUUUUGGGUGGGAUUCAACAGAAGCCUGGCAACAGCAUGAUAUUCAGGAAUUGUGUCGUGUAAUGUUUGAUGCUCUUGAGCAAAAAUUUAAGAAUACCCAACAAGCUGACCUUAUUAAUAGGCUGUACCAGGGCAAAAUGAUUGACUAUGUCAAGUGUUUGGAGUGUGGUACAGAAAAAUCUCGCGAAGAUACUUUCUUGGACAUCCCAUUGCCGGUUAAGCCAUUUGGCAGUACUGUGGCCUAUGGGAGUAUCGAAGAAGCUCUAAGGGCUUUUGUGCAGCCAGAAACACUGGAGGAGAAUAAUCAAUACAGUUGUGAGACAUGCAAUAAAAAAUGCAAUGCUCACAAGGGAUUGAAAUUCUCAAAGUUCCCAUAUAUCUUGACCCUUCAUUUGAAGCGAUUCGAUUUUGAUUAUCAGACACUGAGGCGUAUUAAAUUGAAUGACAAAGUGACUUUUCCGCAGACGCUCAAUUUAAAUAAUUUAGUGAAUACAUCGAAUCCGGGUUUUGGGGCUGUUACAACAAAUGAAGCUGAAGUAGCUGCUAAAGUUAGUGAUGACUGUAGUACGGUAACUACAGACAGUGGAUCGGCAUUGGAAGAGGAAAAUUGCUCAGGAACUACAACAAUUACCAAUAAUGAUGCAGGAGAUAUUCAGGAAGAUGAUGAAGGAAUUGAUAUGAGUACAAGUACAGAUCACAAAACAACAACUUCUCAUACCACGGGACCGUUUAUUUAUGAGUUAUUUGCCAUAAUGAUUCAUUCGGGAAGUGCUUCAGGUGGUCACUACUAUGCUUAUAUCAAAGAUUUUGAAUCGAGUGAAUGGUAUUGUUUUAACGAUCAAACUGUAACGAGUAUCACGCAGGAGGAUAUUGCAAAAAGUUUUGGUGGUGGCAGAGCUCUGUAUUCGGGAGCUUAUAGUUCCAGUAUCAAUGCCUACAUGUUGAUGUACAGACAAAUUGAUCCGCAGAGAAAUACAUCGGUGAUGAGUAAAGAUGAUUUUCCGCAGCAUAUUAAGGAUUUGGCUGAGAGAUUGGAUAAACAACAGAUGGAUCCUGAUCGACUCAAUACGGAUUACAAUCUUAAGAUUAAAGUCUUUUUCUAUCAUCCGGUAUUGCUACGAAUGGAACAUACAACGAUUGACGUACUGACCAAUUCGACAUUGGAUAUUGUGAUGAGUAGAGCCUACAACUAUCUCAGUGUCAAUCAUCACUAUCCACGGGAGAAUUGUCGUAUUGUUGCUUAUGAUCGCGAUACUGAUGCCCCUGUGAGAAGUUUUGAAGGUCAUGAGCUGGAUCCCAUUGGAGAUCUCUGGCAACCGUACAGUACGUAUGAUCUUCUAAUUGAAACCCGUCAUCCAGAAGAAUCCUUUGAGCCGUAUGAAUUUGAUGGAAUCAGUGCUAAGGUCUUUCUAGUGGAUUUGGCAACUUCUGACGUCAAUGGGCCGUUUCAUGUAAGAGCCAAAGGUGGUAGAAGUACCGUUGGAGACUUUAAGGUUUCAAUCAAAACCAAACUGAAGCUUCCUGAAACGUCAUCUAUCCACAUGGCCUAUGUGUGCGUGGACAAUGUGUGCUUACUGAAGAAUGAUCAAGAUAUCCUGGGGCAGUAUGUGGUGUCAUCGUCAAAGGUAUUUGUGACAACGGGUGUCUGUAAUGCCGAAAGUGAGGCCAUAUUCAAGCGACUUGCCGAUAAAUUCAGUCAUCUCAUGACACUAUUUGUUGUGCUUCCUGAACGAGAUCAAGAGACAUUAGAUAAAAUGUCAAUCCCAGCAUAUAAGCCAAAGACUCCAAGCCGGGCAGCAACUCCGGUGCAGGAGAUGACACUGCCCGUGGUGGAAAAUGGAGAAAUUCCCGGUGGAUCAAGUCCACUUCCGGAGCCAGAGAGUAACAGUGAGGAUAGUAGUUUGAGUGAUGGUGAUCGAACACUCGUCGAAGAAGCACCACCAUCAUGUGCCAAUGUCAGUCCGCAGAGUUCCAACACGGAAAACGGUAUCCCAGAGUACACGUUCAAGGCAUUUUCAUGUGAAAAGCGUAGUACGGGAAAUCGUUUGGAGAAACCCAUCGAUGUUAUGAAGAUUCUUGUGGAUAGAAGAAUGCAAAUUGGGGAAUUGAAAAGUCAUCUAGAGACACAUGUUGGAGUGUCAAAGAAAUUCUUCAAGGUCAUCCGUAAGUUGGCAAUGCAUACGGAUUACGAAUGUACAAACAUGUCGGAGACACUGUUGGCAUUCAAGGAAGGCGAAGGUGUUAUAGUAGAACUAGGCAGAGUUCUCAAAUCGACUGAACACUUGUGCAAGGUGUACUUCCUCAAGUUAUCAGAAUUGUCAGAUGACAUGGAAAAAUUGCCGUUCCUGUGUGAUUGGAUACUCGAGGAUGGCAAUACCGUUGGUGAAAUUAAAGCCAAAUUGAUCAAGUAUCUGAGUACAGUGGAUCAGAAAUACAGUCAUUUGGUGGCUGAACGGUGUCGUCUGAGGAAGAAAUCUUGGAGGAGCAUGGGAAAGUUGUAUAUGGACGAUAAAAUCUUCACAGAAGAUAUCCCACUGACCACCAAUACUGAAUUAGUACUACAAGAAAUUGAUGAUUCUACACCAGCCACAGUGGAUCCAGAUGACAUUCUUCUUCUCCUGAGACGAUGGAAUCCCAGUACACUCACUCUUGAUCCCUUCCAAGAGAUCGCCUUCGGACAAAAUAGCGGUGAUCUGAGAAAGGUGAUUUCGGAUCUGUCCAAAAUUCCCUUCGAAGAUGUGGAAUAUGACAAGGUUUCUGGCGCCUUCCCACGUAACUCAAUCCACCUGAUGAAUAUGAAUUCUGUCUUGGAUUGGACCAAGGCACCCAUUGAAUUUGAGAUGUGGUCAACGACUGAUGGCCAUAUCUUUUACUAUCGCGAUGCCAAUGAGAAAUUGAAGGAGGUGACUGCUGAGGAGAGGAAACAACUGGCGGCCAAGUCAUACAUGAAGUCUGACCAAUUCACCUCAAGUGGAUCAACAUAUUCGCCGCGUCGUGAGAAAGCCCUCAAGAUCUAUUUGGAUCACUCGCCCAAGAAACUGAGUGACUAGCCAUUCAAAUACCCGCCAAAUCGCCAUCCUAAAAAACUGUCUCCCACUUUGGGUGUUUCUGCUCUCUGCAUUUCGCUCGUUGGAAGAGAAAGUGACGCAACUUUGGGAGCAGAACACCCUCAUCAUCAAGCUGCUGCUGUCCCGUUUUUCGGUGAUGUUUCUCGUGCAGUGUCCCGUGCUGUUAUUUUCCUCAGCAAUUUGGCACGUUUUGUUUGGUUUUCGUGUCUAAAGGACAUUUUAUGUGCGAAAAAUAACCGUGCUAAGGCCUCAAAAAAGAAAAAAAAUCACAGUGACUAGAAAAUGGACACAAAUUACACAUAAAAACAAAAAUUAAAAAAAAAUACUGAGAUAUUGCAAAAAAUUGCUAGACAACAAAAAAAUGAAUUAGUGCAUAAAAAAUCAACAUAAUUUUAUUAUGUAAAAUGAAAUUUAUUUAACUCAAUUAUUAUCAUAUUUUCUUCUCAACGAACAUUAAAAAAAAAUAUCAUGAAAUAUCAAGAGAGUGAGUGAGAUUAUGAAGAGAUAAAUUGUCACGUGCAGUGAGAAAGUAAAUUGUCUUUGUGCUAUUCUGCCAAUUUCUUUCUGUUAAGGUUAUUCUUUUUCACAUUUUAAAGGAAGGAAAAUUCUUUGUUAUCUUUUGAAGGAAAUAAGUUAAUGCCUCCAUUGGAUGUUCAUGUAAUUCGCUAUUUAAAUGAAAACAACAAUAUUGAGAAAAAUAAAAUUUUACAAGUAUCA